CUGGGAGUCAUGCAGACUCUUGGAGUCGGAGAUCCAGAACAGAGUGUCCAGGCGCUUGUGAAUGACCUACACUCUCAGUGCGAUGCUAUCCGCGUCACUGAGACAGUCCGGCCAUAUCACAUGGUUAUCUGCCCUGUCAAUGAAAGCAACGCUACACUUACAGUCAGUGAUAGAAGAGUCAUGUUGUGGGAGCUCAAAGCCCACACCAGCAGGGCUGCUGCCAAUCCUAGUUCAGGUCUGUCUCCACUCUACUCCCCUGUGUCAUUCUGUGGAUCUCCACUGGGUCCAAACCAGAAAAGGAUUCAGGAUCUCUCUCUCUCUCAACGGCAUGAUUGGUCAGACCUUGAUAACUGGUGAGGCUCCUCUUCCAGUGUCCAACCAGCAAGACGUGCAGUUGAAGUUCUUGCUCAGUGGCCUACUGCCUGCUGGCCUGCCACUGCCACCAUUUGCCAUCUGCAUGUAUCCAUCUCUUACCACCAAAAACAUCAAUCAACCAACCCCUGCUGGCUGUUGGAAUCCAGUUGCAUCAGUGCAGCAGUUCAUAGAUAAAACCAACAAUAAACAGACUGUCAUGAAUGGCCCUGACAACACAGGUCUGGAUCUGGACCGAAUAACAAUUUAAUGCGGACUUUUGAGUGACACAUCACUAUCACGUCACCUCAGCUGUCAUCAUUCAGGUGCCCACUACCUGCCACAGUUAGUAAGGGUGUUGUUGAAUGUAGGAGCUACACUUGACAAUUGAAAAUGGCUUGUUCAACAGUGAAAAAUGUGCAUUUAAGGAUGACUGGACGAAGGAAUAUGUGUUAAUUUUGCCCGAGGGGAAGUUGGAGACCAUUGUGCUUGAUUUGCAAUGAAACAGUGGCCAUAAUGAAGAGCGGGAAU